AUGCCCUCUCUACUCGUCAUCAUCUUUGUGCUGGAGGUGUUCUCCCACCUGGUUAACACCAUCGGAGCUGCUACCAUUAACAAUCUGCUUUGGACGUUGCUAAACUACCUUCCCAUAUCGACCUCGAAGGCCGCAAGGCAGCAUCGUAAACUGCAAGCCGAGUUUUUGAAGACACGAAAGGAGCUGAACGCAACCAGUAGCCAGGAUGAGUUCGCCAAAUGGGCAAAGCUUCGCCGCACGCACGACAAGCAGCUGGAGCAGCUGGAGAAGAGCAAGCAAAGUCAAGAAGCAGCGAGAUCGAAAUUCGAUACCUACCUGACCGGUUUCCGAUGGCUCCUCACCAAGGCGCCGCAAUACGGCCUGCCCUUUUGGUAUUCAAAGGAGCCUAUGUUUUGGCUGCCGUACGGGUGGUUCCCCUAUUACGCCGAGUGGAUUUUGUCAUUCCCCAAAGCGCCGAUUGGCAGCGUCAGCAUCGCUUCGUGGCAGUUGGCGUGCUCGGGAAUGGUCACACUGGUCACCGAGAUGAUCAUCUCGGUCGUUGGACUCGCCUUCGCGGCGAAGCAGGGCAAGGCGCAGCCGGUAAAGACCCCCACGGGGUCGGGGAAAGCUAUGCCCGCGGCUGGCUCGUCGGAGAAGAAGGAGCUGUAA